AUGAGAGCAUUUUUAGCCAUUUGCAUCCUAAUAUGUGGAUGCUAUCUACUUCAGACUAGUCUUGCAGCGAAAAAGAAAAAAUCAGAUAAAGGUCAUGUUAUUCAAAUCGAUAAUGUGAAGGAAUACAAGAAGCUACUGCGUACGCGUAAGAAUAUCUUGAUAGCAUUUUUCAAAACAGGUGGAGAUAUUGGUAAAAAAUUAGAUACACUAAUACGAGCUGCAAAUCAGGUCUAUGGUAUUGGAACGCUUUCAUAUGUUGACUGCGGAUCGGAUAAGAAGUUAUGUAAAAAAUUAAAAAUUAAAUUCAAAAAGGACGAUUUAAUUAUCAACCAUUAUGAAAACGGCAAAUGGCAUAAAGAAUAUGAUAGAGCGUUCGUUGUGCGGUCAUUAGUUAAUUUUAUGAAUGAUCCACAUCACGACGCUCCUUGGGAAGAAGAUCCAACUGCAAAAGAUGUCCUUCAUUUAUCUAGUGAAAAGAGCUUACAAAAUGUAUUAAGUACAAAAAAGAAGCCGGUGAUGGUCAUGUUUUAUGCUCCGUGGUGCCGCUAUUGUAAGAUGUUCAAACCUCGUUUUGCCGAGGUUGCGAAGACAUUGAAGCAUGAUGCAAUAAUGGCAGGAAUUGACAGUGAUUCUCCCGCUAAUUAUGGCUUGAUUAGUAGAUUUAAUAUUGUCAGUUACCCAACCCUUAUCUACUUCAAUCCAAAAUUGAUUGAGCCUGAAAAGCCAGAGGAAGAAGAAAGCUGGAAGGAUUCAAGUUUGGAUGUCGUACAUCUUGCUGACGACACAUUCGAAGCUUUCAUCACUAACCAUUCAUCGGUUCUGGUGGACGGUACUUUGGUAGCUGUCGAUGCCAACGAGAAUAAUGCGUUGUCUGAAAAAUAUUCAAUAAAAGGAUUUCCAACAGCUGAUGAGAUUGUCGAAUUUAUGAAAGACCCUCAAGAGCCUAUGCAAGUUGAACAGCUUGAUCAAGAAUGGAGCCUGUUCAAUAAAUUUAUGGCUAUGCUAAAUGAUGAUGAUUAUAAAGAUACGUUAAAGAAAAUAAAGUAUUCUUUGGUCAUGUUUUAUACUCCUGGAUGUGAACAAUCAAAAAAAGCAAUUGGGGAUUAUCUAGCAGCUUCCAUGACUGUCAGUGGACCUAAGUACAGAUUAUUUGCUGUUAAUUGCAAUGAAGCAGAAAAAAUGUGUCAAGAAUACAACAUUCAAGGUUAUCCGUCAUUCUUAUAUUUUAAACAUGGCAAAAAGCCUAAAUCAUACGAAGGCGAUCAAACGCGAACUGGCUUUGUUGGCUUAAUGAAAAGUCUCGGUUAUAAACCAGAAGAGCGUCCAAAUGAAGUUAAAAGUAAUGAUGACCAGCAGACUGAAUCUAACGAAGUGGAAAACAAGGCAGAGGUUUUGGAGGCAGGAACAGACGUCGCAGCUAGAAAUGAGAAAGAUGAGGAUACACCCGCUAGUAAAUCAGGAUCUUCGUUAUCUGACAAUGCGGCUAGUUCAUCCGAUGAAAAUAAUGAACAAGAUAAAGAUUUUAAAGAGGAGAAACUGAAGAAUGAAGAAAUAAACAAAAUUAAUGAUGGUUCUGAUAUCAAAUCGGGACAGGCGAAAACCGUCGUAAGUGCUGAUCUACCGGUAGAUGGAAGCCAAGUAAACAAGGAUUCAAGUUUAUCACCAAAAGACGAUGAAUCUAGACUAGACAACACGACUGAUAAAGCAGAGGAUAGAAAAGAAAAGGAACAACCAAAUAGUGAUGAUAAAGAGAAUGAAGAUAGUAUGAACGAUGAAAUAGAUCAUAAAGAAGAAGAAAAAACGGAAGCAAGCAAUGAUAAUGGAAAGCAAAAAAAGCCAGCAAUAACAAUAUUUGGCUAUGAGCAGGAGUAUUGGCUUCCUAAAAUUUUUCACGAUAAAUUUGAUUCCUUCAUUAAAAUGCAUAACCGUUUACUAAUCGUAUUUCUAUCCUCUUCUCCAGAGGAUCAUAUUAAAGGCGUCACUCUGGAUUCUGUUGCUAGAAAAGUUAAUAAAUUCGCUAUUGACAACAAGAGACCUUAUAUGCUUGCAGUAGUAGACUGUGUUGAUGAUUAUGAUUUCUGCUUGCAAAAAGAGGUAGAAAAGCUUCCGACAGCCAUCUAUUAUCAUAAUGGUAAACCAAUUGUUCGAUAUACCGGAAAAAGAACACCUGAAGCUUUAGUCGAUUUUCUGGAAAGUCCACCAACAAAAAGUAAACCUCUUGGUGAACAAAAAGUAUACAGAAUGGAUCGAGAAGAAUUUCUAGAUUACAUGGAUGACGUUAAGAUUCGUGAAUUAAAUAUGCCUAGUAUUGAUAAAUUGGAAGAAAUAGUAGAUCUAUCGAGAGCAGAAUUACAAAGAAUUAUGCUCAAACAUGAUGAGUUAUAA